UCCUCCUCCUCCUCACCGAGGCUGUACAGCUGGCAAUUUACGGACAAUAACGCCGAAAGGAGUAAUUGGCUGCUGGGUGGACCGUUGCCCCGCAAAUUGGACACCGCGUUUGAUGGAGGAGAUGAUUUAGCGCAAGAACUGGGAUAUUUAUUAACCUCUUUUCUUUUUUUAUGAAGUUUUGGAUCAUCAAAAAUUAAGAUCCCCUCCCUUCUCCAGUGGAACCGUUACAACCUCCUCUCAUUGGCAUUAUAAGCUGAAAUAAUGGAGAAGUCCAGACAGCGGUUAGCGUUCGGCCUCCUGUUUGUGUUGUGGUGGCCCUGCUGUUUAACCCAGACCACACCGUCAAACGCAGCCACGCCGACUCCCUCGCCGCCUCCCUCCACAUCCCCUCAGCCCCAGACCGAGCGGCUAAAGGUCAGGCUGGCCGGAUACCCUCGAAAGCACAACGAGGGCCGGAUAGAGCUGUUCUACAAGGGCGAGUGGGGAACCAUCUGCGACGACGACUUCUCCAUAGCCAACGCACACGUGCUCUGCCGCCAGAUGGGCUUUGUCUCGGCCACGGGAUGGACCCACAGCGCUAAGUACGGAAAAGGCCAAGGAAAAAUAUGGCUCGACAACGUGAUGUGCGGCGGAGGUGAGAAGAGCAUCGAGCUAUGCAAGUCUCGCGGCUGGGGCAACAGCGACUGCACCCACGACGAAGACGCCGGCGUCGUGUGCAAAGACGAGAGGAUUCCCGGCUUUGUGGACUCCAACGUUAUUGAUGCCCAAGUCGAUGAGAAUAAAAUAGAGGAGGUGCGACUCCGGCCGGUGGUUGCUAUGGCCAAAAAGAAGAUGCCCAUCACGGAGGGUGUGGUGGAGGUGAAGUUCAAAGACGGCUGGGCUCAGAUCUGCGACAUCGGAUGGACGAUCAAAAACACUCGGGUGGUCUGCGGCAUGCUGGGAUUCCCACACGAGAGGAAGGUCAACAAGAACUUCUACAAGUUGUACUUGGAGCGCCAGAAGAACUACUUCCACGUUCACUCUGUGGCCUGUUUGGGCACCGAGGUCCACCUGGCCGCCUGCCCCCUGGAGUUCAGCAAGCCCAACGCCACGUCGGCCUGCAGCGGCGGCAUGCCGGCCGUGGUCAGCUGCAUGCCGGGGCCGCUCUUCAUGCAAAACAGCGGUUUGAAAAAGAAACUUAAAAUUUCGAGCAACGUGAGGUUGAAGGGAGGUGCCAGGGUGGGCGAGGGCCGAGUCGAGGUUCUGAAGGACAACGAAUGGGGGACGGUGUGCGACGACCGCUGGAACCUGCUGUCGGCCAGCGUCGUCUGCAGGGAGCUCGGCUUCGGCAGCGCCAAGGAGGCUCUGACCGGCGGACGUUUGGGACAAGGAAUGGGUCCAAUAUACAUGAACGAGGUGAAGUGCCUCGGUCAGGAGAAGUCCAUCAUGAACUGCCCCUUCAAAAACAUCACCUCGGAGGACUGUCAGCACAUGGAGGACGCUGCCGUUCGCUGCAACGUUCCUUACAUGGGCCUCGAGAACACGAUCCGGAUCACAGGAGGACGAACCCGCUACGAGGGCCGAGUGGAGGUGCUGAGCUCAGACUCUAACGGGACGCAGAGCUGGGGUCUGAUUUGUGGAGAGAGCUGGAGCACCAAGGAGGCCAUGGUGGCCUGCAGGCAGCUGGGUUUGGGCUACGCUAACCAGGGCCUGCAAAUCCGGAUAGUGGGCGGCCGGAGCACUUAUGAGGGCCGAGUGGAGGUUCAGGUUGGGUCCAAGUGGGGCACAGUGUGCAGCACAGGCUGGACCACAAAGGAAGCCAUGGUGGUUUGCAGGCAGCUAGGGCUCGGAUACUCCAUGCAUGCCAUCACUGAAACCUGGUACUGGGACAGCAGCAACGUGACGGAGAUGGUGAUGAGCGGCGUGAAGUGCACGGGAAGCGAGAUGUCUCUGAGCCAGUGCCAGCAUCACAAAACCGUCAGCUGCCAGAAAGCGGCGGCAAAGUUUGCAGCAGGAGUCAUCUGCUCAGAGACUGCCUCCGAUCUGGUCCUGAACGCCUCUCUGGUCCAGCAGACGGUUUACAUCGAGGACCGACCCCUGCACAUGCUGUACUGCGCCGCCGAGGAGGACUGCCUGUCUAAAUCUGCCGCCAAGGCCAACUGGCCAUACGGACACCGACGCCUGCUCCGGUUCUCCUCCCAGAUCCACAACAUCGGCCGGGCCGACUUCAAGCCGAAGGCUGGGCGGCACUCAUGGGUCUGGCACGCCUGUCACGGCCACUACCACAGCAUGGACAUCUUCACCCACUACGACCUGCUCAACGCCAACGGGACCAAAGUGGCCGAAGGACACAAAGCAAGUUUCUGUCUGGAGGACACGGAUUGUCAAGAGGGCGUUUCUAAACGGUACGAGUGUGCCAACUUUGGCGAUCAGGGCAUCACCGUGGGCUGCUGGGAUUUGUACCGCCACGACAUCGACUGUCAGUGGAUCGACAUCACAGACGUCAAGCCUGGAAAUUACAUACUGCAGGUUGUGAUCAAUCCAAAUUCCGAAGUGGCCGAGAGCGACUUCACCAACAACGGCAUGAAGUGCAACUGCAAAUACGACGGACAUCGGAUCUGGCUGCAUAACUGCCACAUCGGCGAUGCGUUCAGCGAGGAGGCGGAGAGGAGAUUUGAGAAAUACCCCGGACAGCUGAACAACAGAAUUUCUUAAUGACUUCACAACAACAUUUCAACCAACGUGGGGAGCUGAGUGAAUAAAAACACACCUCACAAGCUCAAAAAAAAAAAAAAAAGACACAAAGCUUUUGUUUUCAGGUGCUGAAACGGAUCCCCACUGCGUUUCUCAGAUCUGUAGUCGUCUAAGAAGCCAGCAGUCUUUUCCUCCGGUGAAUGUGUCGUAUGUCUGACUUAUUAUACUUGAAUAUUCAAGUGCCGAUGUUUGUUUCCCUGUAGUCUCGUGUGAGUUUAUGCUACGUUUUUAUUACAAAUUCAGAUUUUUAAAGAAAUGUACAGCCUUCCAUUGAAUGUCUUUGUCGUUUUAUUUUUCAUUUUUGAUUAUUUUUGUAUAACCGGAUUUACUUUUACUUGGAUGGCGCAGGUUCAGAACUACCUGAAGACGCUGGGAAAAAUCAAUGUGAGGCGUAAACAGGAACACAUGCAGCUCUGUGAAAGUCUUAAACGCAACAUCACACCAGGUGUUUUUUAACCUGCAAAUGUGUCUCACAUCUUUUUAUCAAAUCUACAUGAGGAUGAACACACAGUCACUGCCUCCACAGUUACAGUAUUUUGUGAAUGUAUAUAUUGCCAAUAUCAAGGUGCUAAAGGAAGAAAAACGCUUGUUCAUUAGCAGUAUUGUAAAUUCAGAGUGCUUCAGAGUCAGUAUGAAGCCAUGUGUAGCUUUAGUCUGCGUGUCUUUUAGUCUUUUUUUUAGGGUUGUUCCUGGGAAAAUACAAGAACCUACAGUUACCAUGAAGAUUUGCUGUAUGUAUGCUGAUGUAACCACACCCGCUGCACCAAAUAAAACAGAGGAAACAUGA